AUGGCAAAAAGAAAAGCAGGAGUAAAUGAUAUCAUUUACGAAUUAGAUAAUUCUGAUAUUGAAAUAAGCAGCGACGACGAAGGAAAGGAAUCUAAAAUAAGACGCUUUACACCUGAAAACGUUAGAAGACCGAUUAAGACGAAAUAUGAAAAUGUAUCAAGAAAUCAUGAAGUAGUAAAUAUUGAUAGUUCUGAGAAAAUUACGACGGAAAAACUUCAAUGUAAAAACGGAGGGAAAACUGAAUCGGGAACAACAUUAAUGAAAAAAAAUCCUGAUGAGAAAAAGCAAAGUAAUAAUUUCCAAAUUUCAAAUUUUAAUAUCGAAAAACGUGAAGGACAUAAUAAACAUGUCUCAGAAACGAUAUUAAUUGAUGAAGAUAUAGAUGUUGACUCGCCAGCAGCUAACGGUGAUUUAUGUGUUGUUGGUUGUGAAAAUAGGACACCUUUAGUGACAGUGCGUUUUAGAGACAUCCAGUUGGCUCAUAUUUAUAAAAAACAAGUAAAAGAAUUUCUCCUGAAUCUUUUGAAAUCUCAAAAUACUAGCAAAUCAAGAGUGGAUGAUACUGACAUUGAAUUUGAUAUUUGGCCUGAGGAUAUAGAUGAUGAUAACUAUGAUAAUGGCGAGACAGGAGAUACUACAGAUGACGACAAUUUAUUUUUUAUGGAUACAGCUCUUUGUGAUAAUACACAGAUAGAGAUACCGGUGUAUAAUAAAGCAUCUUGUGUAAUUUCAAACUCACCAAAAAAAGAAGAUAGUUUACCACCAGCGGUACGUAGCAAAAUGACUUGCUUUAAUUGUGACGGAGAGCACUCUUUGAGAGAAUGUCACCUGCCAAGAGAUAAUUACAGAAUAGCAGAGAAGAGAAAAGCUCUGCCUAAAUUAGGGAGAUAUCAUGUUGAAGAUGAUCAAAAAUAUGGUCAUUUAGUACCAGGCAGAAUUUCAGCAUCAUUAAGAAAUGCUUUAGGACUUGAAAGAUAUGAAUUACCACCGCAUAUCUAUAAAAUGAGGCUAUUGGGCUAUCCACCGGGAUGGUUAGAGGAAGCUCGUAUAUCACAUUCUGGGAUAAGAUUGUUUGAUGCUUCAGGCAGUGCAAUUUUAGAUCCUGAGGAAGAGGAUGGCGAAGUUUGUGAGCCAGGUUCUAAGGAUAAGUUUGAUAUAAAGAAGAUUCUAGACUUUCCUGGUUUUAAUGUUCCCGCCAGUUCACGAUAUAUAGAUGAAGCUCAUCUAAUGGGUUAUCCACCUAUGUCUGAAGCUGACAGCAAGAUGUUGAUGUUACAAGCACUAGCCCCUAAUGCAGUGAAAGCUUAUAAACGAAAAAAGCUCAUGUUUUUCCCCGCUAACAAUAGUUCUGCAGCCGAUGGGCAAAUGGAAAUGGAAUUAGAUAGUGGAGAUGAAAUAGUGGAGUUCCCAUCAGUCCCGCCAUUACCAGACGAAGCGCCGCCACCGCCGCCCCCGCCCCCACCACCGCCUCCUGAAGGAACACCCCCGGACACACCCAAAAAACACACAACUAAAAAAAUUAAUCAAAUUAAAUCUUCUUCACCUAAAGAAAGUAAAGCAAAAGAUUCAAAAGACAAUAAUGAUGAUGUUACAGUGAAUAAAAGUGAUUUAGACAACGAUUUAGAAGUAAUAGAAGUGCUACAUGUUCCUGAUAUCCCGGAACCCGAGGACGGGUUUAUUACUAUUGAUGAGGAUUAUGAUACCACUUCGCUAAACAGCAGUCGUAACAGUCCGACCUUAGACGACUUGGAAGAAAAGAAAAGAUUACUCUUAAGUGCACUCAAAGAUGGCGCUGAGAGUGAAAUAUCCGUUAUAAACAUAUCAGACACGGCAGACCCGCAAGACGAAACAACUGAUAUUGAAGAAAUAGAGGCACUGCUAGAUAUAGCUGAAAAAGAACAAAAAGAGAAAGAUUCUAAAUUAAACCAAGAAGUUAUAAAGGAUGAUGAUAACAAAACUGCAAAUGAAGAGUGUACAGAUAAUGAAAAUAUAAAUAAACCAGAUGAAUGUGAAAAGGAAACGGAUGUAAAGGAUAUAAUAAACAAAGAUGAGAAUACGGAUAAUAAAACGAAUUUAAUUCAAAAUGAGGGAAAUUUGGACAAUCAAAAUGAAUCUGAACUCAAAGAAGAAUCGGACACAAAAAUUUCAAGUCUUAAAAGUAGUGGUAAAGUUAAAAUAACUGAAUACGGUACUCCAGUAAUAAAUGUCGCGUCGCCAUAUUUAAAGUUGCCAAGUGAGGAUAAGUUUUCCAAAGAUAUUUGUGACGUCAUCAACUUUGAGAACCUUCCAAAUUCAACAGGCAAAUUCAAAAAGAUAAGUACAUUGCUCAAAAAAGUUAAAACUGAAGUGGAUAGGAUUCACGAAUCA